AAUAAUAAUUCUAACGUAACGUGAAGCGAGCAUGCGCAGAUGGAGGCGAUGACGAGCGGCGAGAGGGCUCUCGCGCCAGAUGUGUCCAAGUGACGUUUUUUGGGUUAGCGUCGAAGCUAAAAGCAGUUUUUUUUUUCACGGUGUCUUUUUUGGGCAUAUUAGCUUUUUUAUUGAAUUUAAUACCGAAGCUGUAUCAAUGACUUGGGAAACAGACGUUAUAUACUGUGGACUUUAUGACGUUUUGCAAUGUUUCGUAGCAGCACAGAAGAGAUUGUGACUAGUGAUACUUUAGAAAGUGGACAUACCUCUGAUGUGUCUCCACCUGAAAGAAGUCUAGUAAAUGGAAACACUUCUUAUAAUCCCUCCUUUCAAAAUUUGGAUGAAGAGAGUACUCGCUCUAGCACUGGUCCGUCACUUCCUCGCACAGCCACAGGUCAAUUCCCCCAUAGCCUUCAGUUAGGAAGGACCAAUCCGCCCCGCCUUGCCUGCAACUCAGACAGCUCUUACUGUCGAGGAACACCAGGAAGCCUCAGGAAGAUCCCGGGUUCUGCAAGGGCCACACACACUGCAUGGACACCGUUGACUGAUCACACUGCAGCUACAAGUUGCUCCUCUUCUACCACAGCUUCUGGUGCAUCUGUAGUUGUCGCCCUGGUUGAAGGCCGUGGUUUGGCCAGGGGAGAGAUUGGAAUGGCCAGUGUUAACUUGAAAUUUCCAGAGCUCGUACUCUCUCAGUUUGCAGACACUGGAACAUAUGCUAAGGUUAUAACCAAGGUCCAUAUCUUGUUGCCGAUGGAAAUACUGAUGCCAGACACUGCUUGUGAUAAGGGAAAAGGGACAAAGCUCUUUACCCUCAUCGCAGAGAACCUCCAGGGUGUUGCUUUCACUGCAAUUCAAAGGAAAUAUUUUAAUGAGAAGAAAGGACUAGAGUACAUCCAGCAGCUCUGUGCUCCAGAAUUUAGCACUGUCCUGAUGGAAGUACAGGCUAAAUAUUAUUGCCUAGCAGCUGCAGCGGCUUUGCUGAAAUACUUGGAGUUCAUUCAGAACUCUGUGUAUGCUGCCAAGUCGCUUAAAGUGAGCUUUAAAGGAAGCGAACAGACAGCUAUGAUCGACUCAUCAUCUGCCAGUAACAUGGAGUUGGUGGUCAACAACAGAGACCACAGGAGCGACCAUACCCUUUUAGGCGUCCUUAACCACACGAAAACUCCUGGUGGCGCCAGAAGGUUACGCUCCAAUAUUCUGGAGCCUCUGGUGGAUGUGCACACUAUCAAUAUACGCUUGGACACGAUACACGAGAUGCUGCAGAAUCAGGAGCUCUUCUUUGGAUUGAAGAAUGCGAUAGGUCAUUUCCUUGACAUUGACCAGCUGCUUUCUGUUCUGGUCCAGGUUCCAAAACAAGAGACAGUUCAGGUUGCUGAAGCAAAGAUUAUGCACAUCAUUCAGCUGAAACACACUUUGGAUCUGGUGCCACAGUUGAGGGUGGUGUUGAAGAACUGCAACACAGCUCUUCUUAAAGCAUACAGCACUUCACUAGAGGAUAACAGAUUUGAUGUGCUCUUGAAGCAGAUCCUUACCGUGAUUAAUGAUGACACCACCUACCUGAAGGGGAGCCUGAACAUGCGCACACAGAAGUGCUAUGCCGUGCGACCCAACAUUAAUGAGUUCCUGGAUAUUGCCCGACGAGCUUAUACUGAGAUAGUGGAUGACAUUGCAGGACUAGUAAACCAGAUGGCAGAGAACUAUGGAUUUCCCAUGCGCACAAGCUUCAGCACUGCUCGAGGUUUCUUUAUCCAGAUGAAGCUGGAAGGAAUGUUCUUGCCUGAGGGGAAACUUCCUUCAGAGUUCAUCAAGGUCACAAAACACAAGGACAACUAUGCCUUCACCACCGCAGAUCUGAUGAAGAUGAAUGACCGCUGUGAUGAAGCCCUGAGGGAGAUCGUUCAUAUGUCCUAUGUGGUGGUAUGUCAACUUCUCAGGACUAUCCAUGAACACGUCCAUUGCCUCUACAAACUGUCGGAUGCUGUAUCGAUGCUGGAUAUGCUGCUGUCGCUGGCAAACGCAUGCACCCUCUCGAACUAUGUGCGACCAGAGUUCACAGACACACUAGCCAUCAAACAGGGUCGUCACCCCAUCCUGGAGCGAAUGCCCGGACAGCAAUUUGUAUCCAACAACUGUUACGUCUCCGAGGGCAGCAAUUUUGUCAGCAUCACAGGACCCAACAUGAGCGGCAAAUCCACGUAUCUUAAACAGGUGGCACUGUGUCAGAUCAUGGCUCAAAUAGGUUCUUUCAUCCCUGCUGAGUAUGCUUCUUUCCGUAUAGCAGAUCAGAUUUUCACCAGAAUUGGCAUUGAUGAUGACUUUGAAACUAACUCUUCCACAUUUAUGGUGGAAAUGAAGGAGGUGCUAUACAUUCUAGCAAUUUUGUGUAAAAGAAACCACAGCUUGAUCAUUCAGACAAGUUUAUCUCUCCUUAAGGUGUCAUACAUCAUUCACAAUGUCAGCGAGCAGUCCCUCAUCAUCAUAGAUGAGCUGGGACGUGGUACCAGUGCUGAGGAAGGCAUUGGGAUAUGUCACUCAGUUUGUGAGUUUCUCCUCAGCCUCAAGGCCUUCACCCUGUUUGCCACACACUACCUUGAGCUGUGCCAACUAGAAUCUCUGUAUCCCAGUGUGGACAACCGGCACAUGCAGGUUCAGCACACACGCGCUCGUGACACUGGCACUGAGAACAUAGCGUACACUCAUUUACUGAGUCAAGGAUUUUCUGAAGAAAGACACUAUGGCCUCAGAGCAGCUGAAAUGACCUCCCUUCCUUCAAGCAUAAUCCAGGAAGCAAAGACAAUUGCCUCCAAAGUCAGCAGGCAUCUUUUGGCCAAGCGUAAAAGUGAUCCAGAAACAGAGAGGCAGCGUGCGUUAUACCGCCUGGCCACCCGCCUCCAGCAGACUGCCAGAAACUCCAGACUUGACCCGGAGAGCCUACGCAUGUAUCUGAAGGGCCUAAGAACGCAGUACGAGGCAGAUCUGGAGGCUACGGGGCUGCCAGCGUCCACGGAUACCUGAGAGAGGAAUCAAAUCUUAAAGAGGAAUGACUGUCCCAGACAAACUUUCUCACUUGAUGUACAAGUCUGGUGUGUAUAGUUGAUGUGGACAAUGGCAUUUCUUUGACUAUUAUUGGCCUUAAAUGCAUUUCAAAUACAUUUGAAAUCCGAUGCGGUGAGAAAGUUAAUCAUCUGCUAAUUUACAACAAAUUAAAAAUAUAGAAACUAAUCUAGAAAUAUUGUUACCCACAAAAACAAGAAAAAUGAAAAUAAUUGAGUCGAAGUAUUGUGAUUUAUUUCCAUUUUAUUUAUUGCAAUAUCAUUUUACACACAUUUUAUUUGUAAUUAUUUAUUAUCACCUCAAUAAAUUGUGGUACUUGUCUUCGGUUCCCUUGAAAGUUGCUAUGUAAUAUAUAUUGCUAUUAUUUUUCAUAAACCAUAGCAUGCAAAUAGGCUGCCUAGGCCAGGGCUGCGAGCAAUAGGGAUGACAACAAUGCAAUCUGAUUGUAGCUUAGAAAUGCUUUGAAGUGAUGUCAUGACUU